GCUUCCUCAUUCCAGCCACUGGAUCACUGAUCACGGCAAGCUCGCGGAUUGCGAUGAGUUCAGAAUCAAGAGUGUAGUAGACGUUCUUCUGGAUCCAAGACAAAAAUUCGAGGGUAACGAGAAAGUGUGCGAUCUUUGCCAAGAGAAGUUCCACUUCGCCACUAGGCUGGUAGCCCAUUUGAGGAUCGUACACGGUAUCCAUAGACCGUUCAAGUGUACCAUCUGCGGGAAAACGUACCCGCAACAGUUUAUGCUGAACGCGCACGUGAAGAAGUCGCACACGCCGAAAACAACCCCCUGCGGCCAGUGCAACUUCAUGGGGGUGAACGCGAUCGACGUGGAAAGGCACACGAAGCGACAUCACAGAGAAGUGAAAUAUACCUGUGAAAUCUGCAGCGAGAAUUUCGUCGACAAGGACUCGCUGAUAACGCACACGGCUAUGCACAACUUUAUGCAGUAUCAACAGUGCAACGCUUGCGGUAGCACAUUCGAUGACGUAUACAGUUUGAAGGAGCACAAUCGGCUCUACCAUUACGACCCAGCGGCCUUGAUGCAGGAGAACGUGAACGAGGCCGGCCAACAACAGUCUUCGAUGCACAAGUGCGACGUCUGCGGCAAAGUCUACAAAUACAAGUCCGUGCUGAAACAACAUACGGUGAAGGCUCACGGCGACACGCCUAAUUACGAGAGGCGUCGUUACUUGUGCGCCCUUUGCGGCAAGGAGCUGAAGACCGCGAAGGGCCUGGAGAUCCACAAUCGUUCGCACACAGGCGAGAAACCGUACACGUGCGAAGUGUGCGGCAAGUGUUUCGCCUGCGAGACCCUCCUUAGAACGCACAACGUGACGCACACGGGCGAACGGAAGUACUCGUGCGAUCAGUGCGGCAAAGCGUUCACACAGAGGUCGACGCUGGUGGUUCACAAACGCUAUCACACCGGCGAACGGCCGUACGUUUGCCCGCGCUGCGGAAAGGGAUUUGUGACCAGGACCGUUCUAAACACGCACAUGAAGUCUUGCCGCUGAGCGGACCGCGGUCGUCGCUGGCGGCGCCUUUGCUCGUGAGUCAUCCUUAUGCCGUGUUCGCGGCGUCUUCGACAGUCCGUCUAGUACAGUCCGCGAUUGAAAGAUGGCGCGUCCGACGCGUGCGAUGUUUUCGCUAUUUUCACGCAACGAAGCGAGCCAUUAUUUUAAUUGUACGUGUACUUUUUUUGUAAAAUAAUGCCCGUUAAUAUGGACGAGAGAAAGAAAGUUGCGUCUUUCAAGUGUGUACAAAAAUAAUAAACGGUGCGGCAACGUUGUGGCACAUAUCGGAAGAAUUGUUGGAAAUAUAAAAUAUAAAGUACCUAGAUAAAUAAUUUAAUCACAAUAUCUGGGCACGUGCUAUCUUUUUAUCGCGGACUGUACGUUUCUAUGUGUAAUAAUUUACAAAAUUGAGUAAUAAUGUAAAGCUACGGUCACGCUUGCGAAAAAUGAGUUUUAUGAAAUUCGAAAGUGCAGAAUGUGUAAAAGCAUUGCAAGAUAAUUUAACAAUGUCGAUAUAUUAUUUUAAACUUGUUGAAAUUAUUAUGGAAACUUCUGUUCGACUGCUGUUUCAGCAUUCCCUCCAAUUACGAAUGUCAGUUUCACUUACAUCAUUGGUUCAUGUUUCCGAGACGUUGCAAUUAUUGAUGUCUACCGUGACAUAGUCUUUGCUAAAUGAAAGUAACUCUUGCGUAUGAAUUUACUAUACAGCGUGUACAUUUGAAAACUUUGAAUCUAUAUGUAUCUCGAAAACGAUAUAUUUUUGAGAAAAAUGUUAAAUACAAAAGUUAUUCGAUGUUACUUUUACUAGUACUUUUUUUUCUGCGUCACUUUGAAGGUUAUUUGAAGGGUAACCGCGCUCGUCACCGUUCCCAAGGUAAAAUGAUAAAAAAGAAAAAUACAAGAAAAACGAAGAAAUUUCGUAAGUAAACAAAUUUUGUAUUUUAUUAAAUAUCUUCUUAAUAGAUACAAUCUCACUGAUUCUUUUUACGCGUAAAAUAAAAAUUUGCAAUCAAAAAUAUAAGUUUGCAUUUAAAGAAACAAAGUUACCCUCUCAGUGUCCUUCAAGGAGAUUCACAAAACGUUUGAUUUAACAUUUUCCUGAAAAAUGUGUUUUUUUCGUGAUAUUUAGAUUUAAAGUGUUCAAAUGAACACCAGGACAAUUAUCGCUUUCAAGGAAUAAUCGUAACAUCAAUGGAUAACUAAGAUUCUUCUGAUUAAAAUGAAUCCGAUGUAAGUCGGAUUAAUUUCAGCUAUUUACGAAUUAAUUAAUAUAAGCACGAAUUAAAUAAUACGAUUAAUUUACGAAUUAAAUAAUAAGCUUGACGGUAAAUGUAAGCGGAUUUACGUCAUGUUUGGGCUCAUUUUAAUCGGAAGAAUCUCAGCUGUCCAUUGGUGCUAUAAUUAUCUUUGUCUGCUGUGUGAUGAGGCCUCGCAGAGUUCGAGGGUCUACGGUAGAAGAAGAGUGGGGGGCUGGGUCGUGUAAAUUUAACCGUGCACCACUGUACCAGCGUUAGAGUUAACGGUAAAUUUAAUUCCUCCAGUACUUUACAAAAGUGUGUUAUUAUUAUAUAGAAUUACAAACAACUUGUUCGAGAUAAGUUUAUCUCUGCAGUGCUUCAAUUUUCUGUGCUAUACGUAAAUAAUAAGUAUGCAAACGAAUGUCAUCGAAAAUAUUUGUAAAUUUUUUCAUUCAUUAAUUUAAGCUCGCAAUAUAUAAUUUACAAUUCUUGCAAUCAAAAUACCGUCCCCAAUUUCGUGAAUUCUAGUUCUCUUUCGAUAUAAUAACUUCAUUAUAUGUUAUACUCUUUAAUAAACAAGGAAGGAAUUUUUAGUAUUCACGUAAAGAUAAUGUUAUCGUGAUUUUAGAAUCGCGUAUCGUUCUCGAUAGGUUAACUAGGAGAAAUCGUCAAUAUUCGAUGUAGAAUAUACAUGAAAUUGAAUGUUGUGAUUAUUUUAGAAUUAGGCGAACGUUUCACGAAUAAUAUAUUAUAAAUAGCAUAAUGUGAUAAAUCUAGAAUUUAAAUUUUUUACUUUUUUAUACACCGUUUUUAUACUCCAUUUAUUAGAAUUAAUAUUCUCAAAACUGUAUUAUUCAUCGAAAACUGUGUCUUACAAUCGAACGAAACGAAUAACAAUUUUCAAUCGGAUCCGGGGAGAUAGCAUUAACGGCUGUUAGAAGAUUAUUUAAGACUUUCCUAGAUACAUAUUUCUAUAAAUUGUUACAGUGGAACUAUUUUAUAACGCUGUAUUUAUUACGAAUGAAAAUAAUGUUGGCGCGAUUGUCAACGAUUCGAUGUCGAAUAAAAAAAAAACAAAAAAAGAA